CCUCUUCACGGUAAUGUCCGCCAUACUGUCCAGGGGUACUCAGGGUUACUUCCGGUCUGCAAUGCUCCUUUGUUUACAUUGUCAACAGCCUUGGGCAGUUGGCACAUGGACACUAAAUCGGCGCCUAAAUUCAAUCUAACGUCUAGAUCUAGUCAAACGUACGCACAAUCUCAUUUUAGUAUCAGUUGUUAGGCAUAAGAAACGCAAAAACUGCCUUGAAAGUGUGUUGUUUGCCUUUGAAAGUGUGUUUUGUCAGCUGCCCUCUUUGCCUCACGCAGGCCAAGAUCUACUAAUCAUGUGACUGUACUGUGUGUUUUUAUAUAAGUGUAAUUUUGUGAAAUGGAAUUGGCAUUCGUUAUUAUUUUUUUAGACUAACAGUGAGGAAAUCAUUGUUUUGUGGAAUCUACAUUUCUGGUAAUUUAAUAGAUCUAGAUCUAGCGAUAUACCAUCAUGUAGGACUAAUCUUUCUUAGUUCUAUAGAUGUUUCUUUCAUUGAAUUUUAGAUUUUAAACUAGAUUUAGAUCUAGAUUCUAGAAACAUUAGUCUAGUAGCAAGAUGGGGAAGUACGACCACUGUUGUGUUGGUUCAUGCAGUAACACAAGAAGUAGACCCCAAUUGAUUAAAAAGAGAUCCCAUGUGACUGAAAUGCAAUGGUUUGGAGUUUCAAACGAGGAGAAAAGGAAAUUAUGGGAGAGGCAGAUACAGAAAGGACGAGCAGACUUCAAAAUGACAAUUACAAUGAAAGUGUGCUCUAAUCACUUCACAGAAGGGCGUCCCACACCAUCAAAUCCUAUUCCCAUUCUUUUCCUCACCCCAAGUGACUACAAUGUCAGAUCGCCGCAAAAACGAACAGCGCCCACAAGAAAUGAAACCCCAUCGUCAAGCAAAAAACGGAAAAUAAACCCUGAAGAUGAGGAAGCCAAUAAAUGUGAAGACCAGCAAACACCUAUUCCAUUAGCUUUUAAUCAGGUAACAAGAGAAAGCGAUGUACGCUGCUUCACUGGUUUUGUUUCCACACAAAUGUUUAAGUUUGUUUUCAGUCAUGUGGAGAAGAAAGCCUCCCAUAUGUUAUAUUGGAAAGGCGCAAAACAAACGAGUGAAGAACAGGCACAUAGCAGUGACUAUUUCAAUCGCCCUGGACUGUAUAAUAGGCCUGGGCCUAACAAAAAGCUGACUCUGGAACAAGAAUUCUUUCUUGUGAUGCUUAGAUUGCGCAUGGGCCUAUUGUUGCAGGAUUUAGCCUUCAGGUUUCAGGUAUCCAAUGGCCUUGCUAGUCAAAUAUUCACAACAUGGAUAAAAUUAUUGUCAAGAGAAUUUAAAUUUCUUAUAUUGUGGCCCACAAGAGCUGAUGUUAAACAGGCACUGCCAGAAAGUUUCAAGAAGUUUUACCCCAAAACACGAGCAAUAAUUGAUUGUACAGAGGUUUUCAUAGAAACUCCAUCCAGCCUCGAUACUCAGGCAAUGUGCUGGAGUGAGUAUAAACACCAUUGCACAGUAAAAUUUCUGGUGGCCAUCUCACCUACUGGAUUAAUUUCGUAUGUAUCGAAAGCUUAUGGAGGAAGGGCAUCAGAUAAAUUUAUUGUGGAAAACAGUGGAUUCUUAAACUUGAUAGAACCAUAUGAUCAAAUCAUGGCUGAUCGUGGUUUCAAGAUAAGAGACUUACUUGCAAAUGCCCAAACCACAUUAACUAUCCCACCGAGCUGCAGAAAUGCUUUACAGAUGAGGAAAGAGGAUGUCCAGGCAACAAGCAGAAUUGCAAAUGUGCGUAUCUACGUCGAGCAAGCCAUUAACCGACUGAAGUGGUACCGUAUUUUGUCGAGCGAAAUGGAGAUGACAUUGCUGCCCCUAUGCGAUGACAUUAUAAUCACUUGCAGUGCAUUCUGCAACCUACUGGAUCCUCUGACAGCAUAGAGAAAUCAAGCAAUGUACGGUAAUAUUACACCCAAACCAAACCAAAUAAUAAAUUAUAGAAAAGUACCAUCGUCAACAAAAACUAACAAUGCAAUAAAGAUAACUUUAAAAAUUA